AUGCAACGGUGGAACAACAGGAUUAUGGUAGUAAGGGUACUUUUUAGUGUGGAGUUGGCAGUCUUGGAAGUUUGUCUGGCUAUCAUUUGUUAUUAUCUCACCAGACAUGUGGAUCUCUGGAUUCGGAAGGAAUCUUGGACUAAAGUGCUUUUGGUUCCUAACUUUGAGGAUCCCAGCCGUAAGAAGUCUUGCAUGCCAAUUUUCAUGUCGAAGGAUGGGAAAUUUCUUUUUAGGUACUGGAAAUCCAUGGCUAUUUCGGAUCCAAUGAUGAAAUCAGUUACAUACCCCCUUGUUUGUUUCAUGAAUGAACUUUGGGAAAUGAUGGUUGCUGUUGAUAGUUUGGUUUUGGUAAAUGAUCAUGAUUCAAAAGGGCCAGUGAAGAAAACUCGGUCUCUCAUUGACCCGAUUGUGCAGCACCUUGAGCCUAAUCAAGUAGUAUAG